AUGCUUUUUUCAUAUUCCUUAACGCGCAAGAGAGUGUCGCCGUACUUUCAUCUUCGUCUCCCAUACAACGCUGGCGCUUAUGGAACCGCUAGAUGGAGUAACAAAGAUCUUGACCCAGUCCCGGUGGAGUUGAGGACCUGGGGAGGUCUCGACUACUGGGCAUACUGGUGCUCCGACAUGCUUGCACCACCGCUUGCCGCAACAGUUAGCACUGUAAUGUCACUGGGAUUUACUGCGAGAGAGACCAUUCCUAUUGUGUUCUUCGGCUUCAUGAUCUGCAGUAUUGUGGUCACAUUGACAGGCAAGAUGGGUGCAACAUAUCACGUAGCGUACCCAGUGAUUGUGAGGUCUACAUUCGGGAUGAUUGGAAGUUAUCCUGCUAUCGUGAUUAGAGCUUUUGUGGCUAUGAUGUGGACUGCUAUUCUCUGUGUACAAGCUGGCGGCUUCUUACAGAACUGUAUAGAAGCCAUUUGGCCCUCCUUCAAGAACUUUCCCAAUCACCUCUCUGAAGGUGCUGGAAUUGAUUGUAGGUCAAUUUCUGCUGGGCUGCUUUGUUUCUUCCUAUAUUGGAUACUCCAGACAAUUCUCUCCUUGAUGCCUAUCCAGAAGCUCCGCCUCCUGUUUCUGGCAAAAGGAAUCAUUGUUCCACCAACCUUCCUCGCUCUCUUUUUAUGGGCUGUAAUAGUAACAGAUGGCGGUGGCCCCCUUGUAACCGGAAAAUACGUUCUCGAAACUCCAAUGAAUACGGCCUAUUCCUCCCUGACUGGACUCAACGUGAUGAUCGGCCUUUUCUCCUCUAUGGCAGUAAACAUGCCCGAUUUCGGCAGAUUUUCCAAGAACAAUCUUGCUGGAGGUCAUCAAUUUUUUGCAUUGCCGAUUAUUGGAACCCUAGGCGCACUGACACCCAUUUUUGUUAACUCCGCACACAAAAAAAUCUGGGGUGAAUUCGAAUGGUACAUGCCCGCGGUCAUUGCGAAAUUCGAUAGUCGAGCAGCGAAGUUCUUCACUGGAGCAAGUUUUAUAUUGGCUACGAUCGGGAAUCAAAUAGCUGCUGGGUAG